AUGGAACCAGGGAAUGAAACACAGCCAUCAGAAUUCCUUCUCCUGGGAUUCUCAGAGGACCCAGCACUGCAGCCUCUCAUCUUUGGGAUCUUCCUUUCCAUGUACCUGGUCACUGUCAGUGGCAACCUGCUCAUCGUCCUGGCCAUCCUCUCAGCCUCCCACCUCCACACACCCAUGUACUUCUUCCUCGCCAACCUGUCCUUGGUGGACGUCUGUUUCACCUCCACCACCGUCCCCAAGAUGCUGGUGAACAUCCAGACGCAGAGCCAAGCCAUCAGCUAUGCAGGCUGCCUCACACAGAUGUUCUUCUACUUGGUUUUUGUGGAGCUGGACAGCUUUCUUCUGGUUGCGAUGGCCUAUGACCGGUUUGUGGCCAUCUGUCACCCCCUACACUACACGGUCAUCAUGCACCCCCGGCUCUGUGUGCAGCUCGUUCUGGCCUCCUGGAUUCUCAGUGUCCUGCAUGCCUUGUUGCACAGCUUACUGGUGCUCCAGCUGAGCUUCUGCGCACACCUGGAAAUCACCCAGUUCUUCUGUGAACUGAAUCAGGUGGUCCACAGCGCUUGUUCUGACACUUUCCUUAAUAAUCUCAUGAUCUAUAUUGUAUCUGUGCUGCUGGGAGGAGGUCCCGUGGCUGGGAUCCUGUACUCCUACUGCAAGAUCGUGUCCUCCAUCCGGGCCAUCUCCUCAGCUCUGGGGAAGUAUAAAGCUUUUUCCACCUGUGCCUCCCACCUCUCUGUCGUCUCCUUAUUUUAUGGCACCGGACUAGGUGUGUACCUUAGUUCUGCCAUUACCCCAAACCCACACUCCACUGCCAUGGCCUCGGUGAUGUACACGGUGGUCACCCCCAUGCUGAACCCCUUCAUCUACAGUCUGAGAAAUAAAGACAUCAAGAUGACUAUGGAGAGAAUGCUGGAUGGGGAAGAGCUGCUAAGGACAUUGGAUUCAAGAGAACUUGUAGAGUGA